AAUGUUCUGUGAGCGAGUAUCGCCAGUGGUGGUUCAGGUGGUUGGUGGUUGGAGGUAUGCGCGUGCCAUGAGGCCAUGACGCCAUGACGCGCGUCGAUCUACUCCACCGUGAGAGAUCACUAUUCACUCCUCGUGUGGCGCGUUCCGCGCUUCCGACAUGACGAUAGAGACCGACGUGUCCGCGCUGUGCCUCGACGUGUCAAGAGUGAAAUCGUUGCCCGGAGAAUCGCGCAAGUCCGAGUGUAACAAUGCACACGAUGCCGACCCUGGUGGAUGGACCCCGUUGCUGGUAUUGGGUGGUGCCACUUGCUGCUUGGGAUCAACAUUACCAGCAGGAUAUAACUUAGGUGUCAUGAACAAUCCUGCCCAUCUUAUGCAAUCGUUCUGUAAUGAUAGUAUCAGGGAAAGGUAUAACGUACAAUUGUCCAGCCAUGAGCUCCAGGUACUCUGGUCCGUCAUAGUAUCGGUCUUUCUUAUCGGAGGUGUGUCUGGAUCUUUAAUCGCUAGCUGGUUGAGCGACAGAUUCGGACGGAAAGGCGCGCUGAGCAUUGGAAAUGUUUGCGGGAUUGUAGGAGCCGUUCUGUUCAUGUUCGUACGAAUCAUGAACUCAGUCGAGCUUUUUCUGCUUGGCCGAGUGAUUGUCGGACUUUCUGGUGGUCUAGCUACUUCUUUGGUCCCGAUGUACAUGACUGAAAUAGCACCUUUAAAAUUGAGAGGUGCCGUCGGGGUCUUAUGUCAAUUGGGUAUCACCUGCGGCGUGCUGAUGGGCCAAAUUGCCGGGCUCGAAACUGUCCUGGGCACUCCUGAGUCCUGGCAUAUAAUGUUAGCAUCUUUCUCACCGCUAUGCCUCGCUGCAUUAUUAUUAACUGUACUGACUUUGCCAGAAAGUCCAAAGUAUCUGUACAUAAUCAGAGGAGAACAAGGAAAGGCUCUUAAAGAACUCAGCCGUUUGCGCAACAUGGACAUAAUGCUCUUGCAAAACGAGAUCGCUAGCUUGCAACAAGAAUUAGCGACAAGAUCGGCAAGUGAAACGUGGAGCAUUAAACGCGUGUUGAGAGAGCCGACCGUGAGAUUAGCUCUAUUCUUAGUGUGCCUCCUGCAAUUUGGUCAGCAACUUAGUGGCAUUAACGCGGUUUUUUAUUACUCAAACAGCAUAUUCCUCAGUGCUGGCCUGGGAAUUGCCGGUGCUCAAUAUGCGACUAUAGCCACUGGUGUUGCAAAUAUGGGGAUGGCAGUGAUUUCCGUGCUGGUAAUGUCACUAUUUGGUAGAAGAAAAGUAUUGUUCCUGAGCUGUUAUUUAUGCAUAGGAUGCCUUCUCUUUCUGAAACUCUCUAUCGCACUAAUUCACAAAGCCUCAUUCAUGUCAUGGGUUUCCACUGUUUUGGUACUGGCGUACGUUAUAUCUUACGGUAUCGGUCUCGGUCCUAUACCAUAUUUCAUUGGUUCCGAAUUGUUCGAUGUAGGUCCUAGGCCUUCCGCUAUGUCGCUAGGCAGCAUGUUUAAUUGGGGAGGCAACUUCCUCGUCGGGAUGAUGUUCCCUUCGUUACAGGCUGCGAUCGGCUCGUACGUCUUUCUGAUCUUCGCUGGGUGCAUACAGAUCUUGGUGAUAAUCAAUCAGACCUACUUGCCUGAAACGCGGGGCCGAAGCACGACCGAAAUAGCAGCAGCUAUGACUCAAGGCUUCAAAUCAAAACCGAAUGCAACAUUCGCUGCGUAAACUGAGUGCUUGC